UGAUUGUAUAACAUAUAUUUAUACCGCAGACGAGAGUGAUUACACUGUUCUAUUUAUGUUAACUUCAGAAUUAAAUUACUUAUUUUUUAUUAUUUUAAUUAAUAAGUUAUUAAUUAUUAAUAUAUUAUAAACAUAAAAUUAUAAUUAAUUAAUUAUUUUAUUGAUUAUUUUAUUGAUAACCAAUAAUCGAAAUGUUUAUUCUAAAAAAAAUUUUUAACAAAAAUUUACAAAUUCUUUUAUAUAGAACUUAUGCAGUAAAUUCAAAAGUAAUUGAAGUCACAAAAGAUGAUACAGAUAUUGCUACAAUAUCAAUGGCACGACCACCUGUAAAUUGUUUAAAUAAAGAAUUAUUAAAUGCUUUAAAUACAUCUUUAAUAGAUGUACAGAAACAAAAAUGUCAAGGUGUUAUAUUAACAUCAUCAUUAUCAAAUAUAUUUUCAGCUGGAAUUGAUAUAAAGGAAAUAUAUAAUAGAACUGAAAAACAACUUAUUGAAUAUUGGACUGCAAUGCAAAACACAUGGUUAACUUUAUAUAAUUUGGAAAUACCAAUAGCUGCUGCUAUUAAUGGUUCUAGUCCUGCUGGUGGAUGUUUAUUAGCAAUGUCUUGUGAAUAUAGAAUUUUAGUUGAAGGAAAACAUACCAUAGGAUUAAAUGAAACACAAUUGGGAAUUGUUGCUUCAGAAUGGAUGAAGGCUCUUUACAUUGAUAUAUUAGGAUAUAGAAGAGCUGAAUUAGCACUUUUACAGGGAACAUUGUUUCAUCCAAAAGAAGCAUUAGAAAUUGGACUUGUAGAUGAAUUAGCUUCAAACAAAGCAAAUGCAAUUGAAAGAUGUCAAAAUUACAUCAAAAGCUUUAAAAAUAUAUCCUUUAAAGGAAGACAAAAAACAAAAAUGGAAUUAAGAAAACAUAACUCAUUAUGGUUAAAAGCAAACGCAAAUUCUGAUCUUAAUAAAUUUAUAACAUUUAUUCAAUCUCCAAAUGUACAAACUAAUCUAAAAUUAUACAUGGAAGCUUUGCAAAAUAAAAAUGUUUAAUUCAAA